GACGUUAACAAAAACAAGUUUCUACGGCAAACUUUUAUGACGGCCAUCACGAUAAAAUGUCUAUCGUGAACAGGAUUCGUGGCAUGUUUUUGUUUUCUUAAUGUUGCUAGUACAAAUGGAGAGUAGCCUAACUAGUGAUCGCGUAAGGGUGGGUUGGAUCACAUCGCUCAUUUCCGAAACUUUCGGCGAAGAUUGCCGUUUGAACUUUGAUUUGUAAUCAGCCGAGGUGUUUCGAAGAAAGGGCAGACAAUUUCAUUUUACUUUCCGAAAUUACAAUGCCAUGGACAACAGUGCCAACACAAGAUUUACUCUAUACUAUUUUCCAGUGUCUUUUUGUUCACAGAAAGUAUUAAUAGCACUUAAAGAGAAACAUGCAGAAUUUGAGAAAAGGAAUGUUGAUCUAUUUGAGCUGGAGCAGAUGGAACCAUGGUACAUGCGAAUCAAUCCACGCGGAGAAGUGCCAGUACUGAAGGAUGGCGAGAAGAUAGUUUGUGAUUCUAAAGAUAUUAUAGAUUAUAUUGACAACAAAAUUCAUACGGAUAUAAGACUGGUGCCAGGAACAGAGUCGGAAUAUGGAAAGCAAGUUGCCAAGUUUCGUAAAUUGCUCUAUGAUUGUUUAUCGGAAGUGCUGACAAUCGGAACAAUCUUUCAUCCUGAUCUGAUGCCAGAAAAUUCCCGAGGUGCCAGUGCUUUAAGAAUUGAAGCACACGAAUUUAAAGAGCGGUUGCUUUGUUCAAUGAAGAAACUGUCAACAUUAGCCGAGAAUCACCCAGAUCUACGUGAAGCGUAUCUAACCAAGGCUCGAAUUAAUUCCGAGAAACUUGAAAUGAUACAAAACAAGGAAACAGUACAGAGCAAUUUAAAAGAGCUAGAUUCUAUAUUUGACAUGCUAGAAGAUCAGUUGCAGAAAAUGGAAACAGAAGUAUGUAAUGACAGUUGGCUGUGUGGUCUGGAAUUCUCUGCGGCUGACAUCUCGUUAGCCGUUCUUCUUGGUCGAGUUUGGCUUCUGGGUCUUGAAUCAAUGUUCUUCCCACACGAGAAGUGGCCACACGUCCAAGCCUACUGGAAGAGAGUGCAACAGCACAAGAACAGCUGGGAUGUAAUCUGCAGUGCCCGAGAUUUCAUGCUGAAACACUACGAAAGUAUUCCUUCAAAGGACAGUAUUCCUUCAAAGGAUAGUCGUCCUUCAAAGGACAGUAUUCCUUCAAAGGAUAGUCGUCCUUCAAAGGACAGUAUUCCUUCAAAGGAUAGUCGUCCUUCAAAGGAUGGCCGCUGCUGUUGUCUUGCAUGCUGUAGUGGCAAUAAUUCUGCUUAACAAACCGUUGGUAGAAUUAUGUGGAUAAUACACUGACUGUUGAAUGUCAUCUUUCCGGUUGCUGGAAAUAUAUACAGAAAAUAACUAGUUAAUGACGUAGGAUAUUGGCUUUAUCCUGAACAGGAUAAAGCUGAUAUCCAAUGUAAUUAACUAGUUAUUAUCUUUAUCCCAUAAAAAUUAAGGGGAAAAGUUAUUAUUUCUGUCAUUUCAUCUACAUUGUACGGUGACCCAGAGGUCAAAUGAGCAGUUUUGUAAUGUAGCUAUAUGUGACGUCAAAAGUCAUAUCCUGCUACUAAUCAUAUAUGACUUUGCUUUAUCCAUCAUCGUAAUCUGUCAACAGAAACGGUGGUUGCAGGAUAAAAAAUGUAUAUUUACCUAGUGUCUGUGUGCUGGAAGCAUGGCCACUGCUGGCUUAUCUAUUGGAGUGGGAACAUUUCUGCUUAACAAAUGUUCAUAGUUGGAAUUAUGUGGAGUCACGGUAAUGAAUAGUUGUGUCAAACUUCGAUCAUGAACUGUUAAGACACCAAAUAGUCAUAGUAUAAAGUGUGCCGAGGUGCUGUUAAGCAAAGCAUUCCUUUCCUUUCCCAAUAUUUGAUUCUGGUUGAAUUAUAAUGGUGACAGCUUGUCUGUGAUAGAAAUACAGGGCUUCCACAAUUGCUAAAACCAUGUGGAAAUGUGUAUUUCCAUAUUUGCUUUUUCGCAAGUGGAUUCCUUUACACAAUACUUUGUUUCAUUUGAUUUAACUGUGUAAGAAUUCUUAUUAUACCAGGUUGUUACAAUCAAAACAGUCCACGUCCAUUUGCCUGGCAGUUUUCAUCCAAGUGUUGGUGGUUAUAAUUUUAUUUGUGAUCCCUACAAUGAACAUUAGAAAGUAGAGGAUUCUGCUGGAGGAUAGACUUUGCAGAGAAAUUUAUCAACAGGUGUUGUUGUUCUGUUGUUGGCUUAAUGACUAUCUUUCCAACUUUUUGAUUUCUAUACCAAUUAAGUUUUAUAUUAUACUUACCUGUUGUAUCUUCAUUUUGAUAUUGUAAUGCAGGGCUCGAACUUAAGAAUUUGUCUCCCACGGCAAUUUUUAAAAGAAUUGCCAUGCGUGAAACAGUCCACCGACGGCAAUUUUGACCCUGCCUAUGGCAAUUUAAAAAAAAAAAAAAAGAC